AUGAGUAGCGACACGAAAUAUUUUGUUCGUUUACGGAUCGGGCAUAAAUCCGAAAUGCUCGAUCGUCCAACAUCGACUGGCAUGACUCAUAGGUGGACAGUAUUUGUACACUCCUUCAGCGGGAUGCCAUUUACGGAUCGCAGUUUUAUUUCAAAGGUUGUGUUUGAAUUGCAUCCCGAUUUUUCGUCUCCACGACGAGUUGUAAAAGAACCUCCUUUUGAAGUAAGCGAAUUGGGUUAUGGUGGAUUUUCGAUUCCAAUUCAUAUCACUUUCACAGGCGCAAGCAAAGUCUACAAAUUAACAUAUGAUAUGAAUCUUGUAUUAGAAAAGUAUAAUGAACAGUUUAUUACUCAAACCAUCGAAAUGAAGCAACCGUCAUCAUCGUUUCGGGAAUUGAUUUUAAAAUAUGGCGGGGCUAAGAAGGAUUCUGAUAAGCGCAAAGAAAAACAUCGAUUACGGAAAGGAACAAUAAGUUCGUCAGAGGAACCGGCUCCGAAAAGGGAAAAAGAAAAAGAGAAAAGCCGUUCUGGAAGCAAUCCUCCUUUAAGUAAAUUAAAAAUCCCACGCGCUCUUGUUGAUGGCGAAAAAAAACGAAAGAACACGAGAUCUGCUUCAUCUGAAAACAUCGCAAAUAUUCCUAAAUCAGUAAUUCUCGCUGAAACCAAAUUGUCAUCAAAUACUGAAACAAAAGCGGCUUUCUUACCAGGAAUGAAACAAACAGAGAUGAUAAAUUCAGAACCGUCAACAUCAGCUGAAUCAAAUUGUUCGGAUUCGGAAACUUCGAAAGUCACAACGUGCGGUGCGGAAAGCACCGUUUCGCUGACUCCAACACUUGAAAGCGACUGCAUGAUCGAGAAACAGUAUAGUUUUGAAUUUUUGGUUCGACUGCAGAAAAAGUUGAUGACAUUGAAAGAUCCAGAUAAAAUGCUAGCAGUUGUAAAUACUUUGCUAACGCCCACAUCAUCUAAUCCCAGUUUACCAUCGGAUUUGUUAUUUACUGAUAAUAAUCUCUUGUCAUUUGAUAUCUGCAAGUUAAAUUCAUCACUUAUAGGUAAAUUAGGUGAGAUUUGUUUUGGAAAUACCCCCUAA